CCGAGGUCAAUCCUCACCGGUGGCGCCAGUCAACCGGUCACCCCUCUCUCUCUUGCCAAUUUUUAUGAAGGUAAAAGUGAAUCUACUGAAAGGUUCAUCAUCUUUGGCAUUUUUUGGGUUUUGCGCAGAGCACAUCAAUGGCAAGCCAGUAAUUUUAAUUAUACAGCAACAAUCAGAAGUACCACAGUUUGGCAAAUGGGAAAGUGAAGAAAAUGUUUCCUAUACGGAAUAUUUUGAUAAAGCAAGAAAAGGUAAAGGUGGCGUGAGGAUGAAUCCAAAUGAUCCUCAGGACAAUACCCCUCCUGUUCGAGGACCUCCUUUUCAACAAGAGGCUGAAGUGAAGGGCGCAAUGGGAACAUCAGAUGUAAAGUCAAAGCCUAAGCGCCGGACAAGCCGGAAAGAAGGUGAGCUUCAAAAUUAUGGUGGCGUAGGAUCUGGAAGUAGUAAAGUAGAAUCAGAGGCACAAAAGGGCUCAGAUGCAUUGAGACCAACGAAUCAAUGCCUGCUGAGCCAGGAAGAAGGUGACCUCAGUAGAGCAGCAGAUCCUCCAUUGCGGCAUGAAACUGGUGAAACCCCCAAAAGGGUUACACGGAAAAGUUCCAGUUCUUGCACUGACCACUCACCACUUCACCCUCAUUACCAGUCGAGGGUUGGAGGUAAAAGCAGUGGGGUUUCUUCUCCCUCACAGGAGAGGAAGGGGUCGUCUGAAGGCAGCCAUGGCCUAAGAUCCCGAUUGAGAUCAGUCAAUCGAGGCGAUGACACUCCUGAUCACAGUCCUGCUGUUCCCAAAUUUGGUGAUUGGGAUGAGAGCGACCCCGCAUCAGCUGAAGGUUAUUCUCACAUAUUCAACCAAGUCCGAGAGGAGAAGCAGAGUGGGGCAGGAAAGGUUCCUGUCAUGGCAACUGACACUUCUUAUUCCAAUGGUCAGAAGCAAUAUGGAAAAGGCGAUUCCCAGAGCUGUUGCUGCUUUCCAUGGGGCAGAAAAUGAAAUCAUUUGUACAUCAGUGAAUAGAAAGCACGUUGGUCCUGUAUACUCUAAUAUAGCUUGGAUUCUCUUACGUAUAGAUUCAACAUUCUAGUAAGUAAAUUCUUUGUGGUGUGCUUUUAGUGAUAAUAAAAAAUAAAACAAAGUUUCAAGGGGAAAGCAUCGGGCUUUUUCUCGCCUUUCCCCUCCCUUCCUUUUCCUUUCUUGUUGUCAGAAUGUAACAACUUUUACUUAUAAUUUAUAAGGCAAAAAUAGUUUAAGCUGAAAAAAAA